CGUGUAUCCAUCUUCUGAUGAGCACCUAUGGGAUGUGGUGAAACAGGAGAUGUUUACACUCAGCCUUGGAGACAGGAGAAGAAGGUCGCUGAGAAGGGGCUUGGAGUAGAGCCACUACUCCUCCACAUCAAAAUGACCAUGAUCCCUCCUGGAUGCCUCCUAGAGGAGGUAUUUGGGACAUGUUCUACUGCAGAGGUUAUAUUUUUCAGCUGGCUUUGUAGUCCGUCCAGAAGAGUUAGAGGUCGUCACCAGGGACAGGGUCUUGAUGUCUACUGAGACAGCUGUACCCAAGACCUGCACUUGGAUAAGUGGAAGGAGACUAUGGAUGGAUGGAUGUUGGAUGUAGGGGUGAUCUACCCCAGUAUUUAACAUAAUGCAAAUCACUACAAAAAUAGAACAGGAGUGUCUUAAUCAUAACUAUAGUCAUAAGAAAUUCGAUUGGUAUUUGUUAGGCUCACCAAGUUCUAAGGUAAAAUAUAUUUUUUAUACUGUCCCAACUCUCCAGUAGAUUUGAAAUAUGUUAUUGUCUUAGGUCUUGGAGCUGAUUACAAUGUGAGUGCGUGCAACUGUGCUGGUCGUAUCGGAUUGUAGAGGUGUGUUUGUGUGUGUGCAGCCGUGCAUAAACAGCUCUGCUAAUACGGGAGCAGAGGCUAGACGUCAUGGAUCAGGAGUGAACCCACACACGGAAACACACAGAGAGGUGGAUGCAGAUCAGCUCAGCUGUAGACACGGAGGGAGCAGGUUUAAAAAGCCGUAUUUGUAUCACAGUUAUAGUACCUCUAAUAAAAGGUAUUGCAGAAGAAGUGGAAGUCACAAAACUGGUAGCAGUGUUAUUAAUAAUAACAGUAUAUGUUUUUAGCAGAAAGAGAUCCCAGUGAUUCCUAAGUAACUGAAUUCAAGGUAAGACCAUAUUCAUUCAUUCAAAUGAUAUUUUUCAGGGAGGAUUUUAUGCCUUUCUUAAAAGAUCAUUCGAAGGAGCAGAUGUCAUGGCGAUCAUCCUUUCGCUGCUCAAAGUUUCGUCACAUUUUUGGAAAGUCUGCCACCAAGGAGCACAGCUACGACAGGGUGCCAAUCACGCGUAGUGUCCAUGACAACCACUACUGCUCAGCCAAUCCCUGCUUCAUCGCUGUGGUGACUGAGUGCGCGGGAGGCGGGUCCUUUUUAGUCCUGCCCAUCCAUCAUACAGGCAGAGUAGAUCCUCAGCAUCCGAGGGUUUGUGGCCACAGCAGCAGAGUCCUGGAUGUCAAGUGGAAUCCAUUCGAUGAUUACUGCAUCGCCUCAUGCUCAGAGGACUGCACUGUGAAGAUCUGGGAUAUCCCAAUCUGUGGAGUCCAACAGAACCUCACCAAGGCCAGGAAAACCCUGAUUGGUCACUCCAGAAGAGUGGGGCUAAUUGAGUGGCAUCCAACUGCUGAGAACCUUCUGCUAAGUGCUGCCUAUGACUACAAGGUCCUUCUCUGGGAUGUAUCCCAGGCCGGUGCAGUUAUCAGGUAUCCAGUUCGGGUGGUGCUGAUGCCCAUCCACCACCGCUACCCAUCUGAGGCACUGCUGCUUUCAGUCAGCUUCAACAGUGAUGGCAGCAGGCUGGCAGUCACAUCCAAAGACAGACACGUUCGAGUCCUGGACCCUCGGACAGGAAAGAUUUUACAGGUAUCAAGCAGUAACUCACACAAGGCCAACAAAGUUUUAUACAUCGGGGGGUUGAAGUUGCUUCUGUCCACUGGCAGCUCGUCUUGGAACCACCGGCAGAUCGUCCUGUGGGACCCUGAUGACUUAUCUGAACCCUUAUAUGAAGAAGAUCUGGAUGGGUCUGCUGGAGUACUCUUCCCGUUUUAUGACCCAGACACACACAUGUUGUAUCUGGCUGGAAAGGGUGAUGGAAACAUCCGGUACUAUGAGCUAAGUGCUGAAAAACCUUACAUCAGCUACCUGACUGAGUACAGGUCCCUGCUCCCACAAAAAGGACUUGGGGUGAUGCCAAAGCGUGGCCUAGAUGUGACCGCCUGUGAGAUUUUCCGGUUUUAUCGCCUGAUUGCCAUCAAAGACCUGGUCGAACCGCUGUCCAUGAUCGUACCACGCAAAGAGUCAGGAAUUUUUCAAGAGGAUCUGUACCCGAUGACAGCUGGAAACCAGGCAGCCAUGACCGCUCAGGAGUGGCUGUUGGGGGUCAACAGAGGCCCAGUGCUGAUGUCCCUGAAGCCAGACACUCGAGUACCCAACCCUUACCCAGAAACCCAAGCUGAGAAGGGGCUGGUGAGGCAGCUUAGCUCCCUCAGGUUUCAGAGCAGCCCGGCUGCAGUGACAGAGAUAGGCCAAGACUUUAUAGAGGAGGUUUUUCUGGAGGAGCAGCUGUCCUAUCAGGAUGCCAAAUAUCCCAAAGAUCUGAGCGAUCUGUCGGGGUGGCAGCCAGACGAGACCCAGGUCCCACUGUGGACAUACUGCUGCACCCCGCACUGCUGCGAGCCUGCCGAGAGACCGCCACCAAUGACCGAGAGUGAGCUACUCCAGGCAUUUUACAAGCAGCAGGAUGAGAUCAAAGGCCUGAAGGACGAGCUCCAUCAGAAAGACAUGAAAAUUGCUCAGCUGGAGCAGGAUAUCAAAAACACCAGAAAGAACAUGAGAGCGACCUUCUGAUUCAGACCCUGCUGUGUAGGAGGGGCUUACAGAGACAGCGUGACCCACAGACAGCGGAGUUAUCCUCCACAGACUGGACUUUGUAGUUGAAGCCACAACUCUUGUUUUCCUAAAAUUCCUGAAAAUGGUUUAUUUGGGAGCAGAGACUAUUUUCCUUCAUACUUCACAAACUACCUGAAACACAAUGGUCACCAUCGAAUAUAAGAAACCCUGCGUCUGGGAUGAUGGGAUGCAAAAAUGCAAAUUUGUUAAACCUCUUGAAUUAAAGCUGUCCAAAUACUUAUGGCGCUAAGUGUAAUUAUGACCACAUGAAAGGCGCAGUGAUGUCAGGCAGCAGACACACACCACCUGCUCUAGUGACUUUUACUGGUGCAAGCAGGUUGGAAACAAUGGAAGGGGCAGAAGGACACAGCAGAUCUUCUUGUUAGCAGUUUGCAAACUAACUUCAAGGGUAAGAUACAUGACCUUGCUGUUUUGGUAGGCCAAAAGAGCUAAAAUGCAUAAAUCGCAAAACUCAUGAAAAACACAGCGUGGGUGUGCAAAAAAUGUUGAAUGAAGUUUGGAACUGGACUGCAUGAAAAUGUUUGAUGUAGUCACCCAGGGUUUCUGGACUCUUUGAAGCCUGAGUCCUGGUGUUUCAUUGAAUACGCAUUAAAAUGAACGUAAGACCAAUAAAAUAUGAGUGUUUCCCUCAACAAA